GCGGGCCUGGGGCUGCCGUGCCGGGGCUCUGGGAGCUGCUGCCGGCAAGGAGCCGGAGCGGGGCUGCUCUCCGAGGGAAGGCGAGGGGCUACAGCGCAGCCCGCGGCACCAGAAGCAAGGCAGCGACAGCAGGCUGUGGCGGAGCGUGAGGCGAGGCGGGAUUUGGAUGGAGUCUCAGUACCUGAAGGAAUGCCUGGGAAGUUGCUUGAAGAAAGGACUGGCAGAGGUUGUAGAGCAUCGGCCAGCAGAUCCAAUAGAGUAUCUUGCACACUGGAUUUACAAUUACAGAAGAACCUUAGAUGAAGAAAAAAAGAGAAUACUGGAGAGAGCUGAGCUGGAACAAGAACGGGAGGCAGCCCUAGCAGAACUUGAAAGGUUAAAAAUCCAGGAAGAAGAACAGCGGAAACUUGAAGAACAACAGGCUCAGUUGGAGAAAGAACGUGCAGAGUUGGAAGCACAGAAAAAGGAAGCUGAAAUGCAGUUGCAGCAGGAAGAUCAAGAGGAAAAUGAAAAGACAAUAGCUGAAGUUACAGAUAGACCUGAGGAGCCAGAUGAGACUGAACCAAGUCAAACAGACCUCCCAACAGUAACAGAAGAAGAAGAAGAAGAAGAAGAGGAGGAGGAGGAAGAAGAAGAAGAAGAAGAAGAAAAUUAGAACUGACCUGAGAGCACAUUGUAGCUGGCAUGGCUGACUUUCACAGGAAGAAAACUGCAGCUGAAGUGAAAGCAGCAAAUAUAUUUUCUACUUAUUGAAGUAACCAUAAUAAAUAAAAAUAUAACUGAAGCGUCAAUAUGAUUUGAGGAUAGAUGCCACAAUAUGAUAAUUUGAAUCAAUAUGAAAAGAAUAAAAUAUUACUGAAAAUUAUUUUACAAGAAUAUGAAUGAUUUCUGACAGAAAAAAAGGGAAUGCUCUGCAGAUUAAAAGAUGGAGAGAGUAUUCUGGACUUCAAACUUGGCGCAAAAAUCCAAUCAGAUUUCCCAAAUGUAUUUGAAAGAGGUAAAUUUAACUCUGAUUCAGUAUAUACUAGAAGAUCUUGUCUCCUAGAAGGCAUGAGGUGAUCUAGGUUUAAUUAUUGGAUAAAUAUAUUUAUUGUUGUAUUUAUUAUUAGAACCUUUUUUGGGUAUUGUGUGGUACUAGGUGAGCUGCAAGUGUCUGCAUGUUUGUCUUGAUUAGUCAAGUUUUUAAGACUUUUCUGCAUUUUUCUUGAAUUUGUAAAUCAAGAAAUUAAAUGUGUUCUCUACUAAAUAC